AUGUUCAGCGCAUACACCAACGUGUAUGCUAUUGUCAUAGUUCCUUGUAUCGCAUACCUGGUUUAUCAACGCUACUUUCAUCCCUUGGCUUGCUAUCCGGGCCCGUUUUGGGCCUCCAUAACAGACUUGUGGCAGGUUUACCAAUUUUGGACACUGAGACAGCCUUACACGCUGACAGAACUUCAUGAAAGAUAUGGACCAUUCGUCCGCUAUGGCCCUGAUAAGCUCAGCAUCACGGCAGAAGAGGUGGUUCCUUUGGUAUACCAAAAGGGCGGACGGUUGAUGCCAAAGACCGAGUUCUAUGACGCUUACGGAGCCAACAUCCCCAAUGUGUUUGGGAUGCGGGAUGAAAACGCUCAUUCGACCAGACGUCGCCUAAUGGCGCACAGUUUUUCAAUCACGACCGUCAAGGGAAUGGAGCAAUAUCUCGAUACUAAUAUCGCAAUUAUGAGACAGAAGAUAGCCAAAUACGCUUCGGAACAACAAGCCUUUGAUCUUUGCCAAGUCCUGCACUACUACACCAUUGAUGUACUGGGAGAAUUAGCUUUUGGACAGUCCUUUCACGCACAAAUCAACGAUAAUGAGAAGUCCGUGCCUCCGGUCGUCGAGCAUAGUUGGCUUGCGGCUAUUACUGGGGCUUGGCCAAUGAUGACAGCGAUUCUGAAAAGAUGGCUGCCCUUUAUCCCACACCCGGGACUGCAGAAGCUAUUCAGAGGACGUGCAGAUUGUGCAAAGCUUGCAGCAAGGAACGUACAGCGCAACCUCGGUGAGCAGCGCGUUACGGAACAGGCGUAUGAAAAAGCCCCUCCCAGUCAGGAAAGGAGGGAUAUUAUCACCAGCCUUAUAAAGGCAACCGAUCCCCAGACUGGGAAACACCUGGCCCAAAAGGACCUAGAAAGUGAAGCAUUUGGCUUUAUCAUCGCUGGCACUCAUACAACCAGUGCUACGACGUCGCUUUUAUUCUACCACCUACUCCAUGCCCCCGAGAUACUGCAACGAUGCAUCGCCGAAGUAGAUCACAACCUCGGGCCUCUGGCAUCAGAUAAGCCAGCAUACUCAAUGAAUGAAGUGGAGAGCUCCUUGCCGUAUCUCAAGCUUUGCGUGAGAGAGAACUUUCGCAUCACGCCUGUCUUCACAAUGCCACUGGCACGGCGCGUCACUUCUCCUGAGGGAAUCAUCGUGGCUGGGCGGCAUAUCAAACAAGGUACCUCGGUUGCUGUUUGCAAUCAUGCGUUUCACCACAAUGCGGAUAUCUGGGGCGCCUCCCACAACCAUUUUGACCCGUCGCGAUGGGACGUGCCGGAGAUCAACCAGCGAGCUAGAUAUCUCAUGCACUUCGGGCUGGGCGGGAGGCAGUGCCUUGGGAAAACGAUAGCACUGACUAAUAUCUACAAAGUCAUGAGCACUCUUCUACGCGAAUUCGAUUUCCAGCUUGCAGAUCCUAUCGAGCAGGAAAAGGUCAGCAAGGGAGAGUUCGUUGGCAAGUUACCGGAGCUUGACAGUGUGGGCAUCAGUAACUUGAGGCAGCCGCUUUGGGUCACAGCAAGAUCAAAGGAUUGA